GGUGCGGCCCAUGGCCGCCGCCGCCCGCUGAGGGCCCGGCCCGGCCCGGCCCGGCCCCGCCGGUCACGAUGUCCUCGCGGUCGGCGCUGGCGGCGGGGAACGAGCGGAACCCGGACGCGCUCGGCAGCAGCCGCUCGGAGAAGGGCUCGGGCUGGUCCAGCCGCUCGCUCGGCGCCCGCUGCCGCAAUUCCAUCGCGGCGUGCCCGGAGGAGCAGCCCCACGUCGGGAAUUACCGGCUCCUCCGCACCAUCGGCAAGGGCAACUUCGCCAAAGUGAAGCUGGCGCGGCACAUCCUGACCGGCAGGGAGGUGGCCAUUAAAAUCAUCGACAAGACCCAGCUGAACCCCACCAGCCUGCAGAAGCUCUUUCGGGAAGUUCGUAUCAUGAAGGGGCUGAACCACCCCAACAUUGUGAAGCUGUUUGAGGUCAUUGAGACAGAGAAGACGCUGUACCUGGUGAUGGAAUAUGCCAGCGCUGGUGAAGUGUUUGACUACCUCGUGUCCCAUGGGAGGAUGAAGGAGAAGGAGGCGAGAGCCAAGUUCAGACAGAUCGUCUCAGCCGUGCACUACUGCCACCAGAAGAACAUUGUCCACAGGGACCUGAAGGCUGAGAACCUGCUGCUGGACGCCGAGGCCAACAUCAAGAUCGCGGACUUUGGCUUCAGCAACGAGUUCCGGCUGGGCUCCAAGCUGGACACGUUCUGUGGCUCCCCCCCGUACGCGGCCCCCGAGCUCUUCCAGGGCAAGAAGUACGACGGCCCCGAGGUGGACAUCUGGAGCCUGGGCGUCAUCCUCUACACCCUGGUCAGCGGGUCCCUUCCCUUCGACGGCCACAACCUCAAGGAGUUGCGGGAGCGGGUGCUGCGGGGCAAGUACCGCGUCCCCUUCUACAUGUCCACGGACUGCGAGAACAUCCUGCGCCGGUUCCUGGUGCUGAACCCCGCCAAGCGCUGCACCCUCGAGCAAAUCAUGAAGGACAAAUGGAUCAACAUCGGCUAUGAGGGGGACGAGCUGAAGCCCUACAAGGAGCCCGAGGAGGACUUCGGGGACACCAAGCGCAUCGAGGUUAUGGUGGGCAUGGGCUACACGCGGGAGGAGAUCAAGGACUCCCUCAGCACCCAGAAGUACAACGAGGUGACGGCCACCUACCUCCUGCUGGGCAGGAAAAGCGAGGUGGAGGCGGGGGACACCCGCACCGGCAGCACCUUGUCCUUAGCCCGGGUGCGGGCACCCAACGACGUGGCCAAUGGCAAGAGCGGGGCCGGGCACGGCAAGAGCCAGCGCGGCGCCGGCACCUACCACCGGCAGCGGCGGCACAGCGACUUCUGUGGCCCCUCACCAGUGCCGCUGCCCCCCAAGCGCAGCCCCCCUGGCGCAGCGGAGCCAGAGCUGCGGGACGAGCGGGGGGGGCGCAAGGCCAGCAGUGGGGCCAUGGGUGGGGGGGGGCGCGGGGUCACCCCCCACCCCUCCAGCCCCAUGGUCAGCAGCGCCCACAACCCCAAUAAGGCCGAGAUCCCCGAACGGCACAAGGACGGCACUAGCAACGCCCCCAACGUGCCCUCGAGCGUGAUGGGGCGGCGCAACACCUACGUGUGCACAGAGCGCCCGGAGCGGGGCCCGCUGCUGCCCAACGGCAAAGAGAACAGCUCCGCCCCCGGGCGGGGGCCGCCUCCGUCGCCUUCGAGCCAGAGCCUGGCGGGGGGGGGGGGGCGCGGGGGGGGCUCGCGCCUGGCGCGGGGCUCCGCCGCCCGCAGCACGUUCCACGGCGGUCACGUGCGGGACCGGCGCGCGCCCGCGGCGCCCCCCCCCGCCGAGCCCGCGCCGCUGCCCCCCCCCCCCGCCCCCGGCCGCGCCCGCGCCCCCGGAAGCCUCCUCAGCAAGAUCACGUCCAAGCUGAGCCGGAGGGUCACUCUUGACCCCUCCAAGCGCCAGAGCUCCAACCGCUGCGUCUCGGGGCCCCCCUCGACGCCAGGAGCCAAGAUCAGGUCGCAGACGAACCUGAGAGAAUCGGGGGACCUGCGCUCACAAGUUGCCAUCUACCUUGGGAUCAAGCGGAAGCCCCCCCCCGGCUGCCCCGAGGCCCCCGCGCUGUGACCGGGCCGGGCCGGCGCCUCCCGGCCCCGGGGCCGCUGCUGCUGCUGCCGAGCGCCCGGCGCCUGCCCCUGCCCGGCCUCCAGCUCUAGGGACCCCCCGUGGGGCCGGGACCCCCCGUGGGGCUGCGGCUCUGGGCC